AUGUGGCUGAAGCUUUUCUUCCUGCUUCUCUAUUUCUUGGUCCUGUUCGUCCUGGCCAGGUUCUUUGAAGCCAUUGUGUGGUACGAAACUGGCAUCUUCGCCACUCAGCUGGUGGACCCCGUGGCUCUGAGCUUCAAGAAGCUGAAGACCAUUCUGGAGUGCCGGGGCCUGGGGUACUCGGGGCUGCCCGAAAAGAAGGAUGUCCGGGAGCUGGUGGAAAAGUCAGGUGAUUUAAUGGAGGGUGAACUGUAUUCUGCACUCAAGGAAGAAGAAGCAUCAGAAUCAGUUUCUAGUACCAAUUUCAGUGGUGAAAUGCACUUCUAUGAGCUUGUAGAAGACACAAAAGAUGGCAUCUGGCUGGUUCAGGUCAUAGCAAAUGACAGAAGUCCCUUGGUGGGUAAAAUCCACUGGGAAAAAAUGGUGAAAAAAGUAUCAAGAUUUGGAAUACGUACAGGCACUUUUAACUGUUCCAGUGACCCCAGAUACUGCAGGAGAAGAGGCUGGGUAAGAUCCACACUCAUUAUGUCUGUUCCACAAACAAGUACUUCUAAAGGGAAAGUUAUGCUUAAAGAAUACAGUGGACGCAAGAUUGAAGUAGAGCACAUUUUUAAGUGGAUAACUGCUCAUGCAGCCUCUCGGAUCAAAACUAUUUAUAAUGCUGAACAUUUGAAACAAGAAUGGAAUAAAAGUGAUCAGUAUUGGGUAAAAAUAUACCUGUUUGCAAACCUUGAUCAACCCCCAGCCUUCUUCUCUGCACUCAGUAUAAAGUUUACUGGAAGAGUUGAGUUUAUUUUUGUUAAUGUGGAAAAUUGGGACAACAAGAGUUAUAUGACAGAUAUUGGUGUAUAUAAUAUGCCAUCGUACAUCCUUAGAACUCCUGAGGGAAUUUACAGAUACGGAAACCACGCAGGUGAAUUUAUAUCUCUUCAGGCCAUGGAUUCUUUUUUGCGCUCAUUACAACCUGAAGUAAAUGAUUUGUUUGUUUUGAGCCUGGUUCUUGUUAAUCUUAUGGCUUGGAUGGACUUAUUUAUAACACAAGGAGCCACCAUAAAGCGAUUUGUGGUUCUCAUAAGCACUUUAGGGACAUAUAAUUCUUUGUUAAUUAUUUCCUGGCUACCUGUGUUGGGCUUUUUACAGCUCCCUUACUUAGAUAGCUUUUAUGAAUAUAGCUUAAAAUUGUUGAGAUACUCCAAUACAACCACACUAGCUUCAUGGGUAAGGGCAGACUGGAUGUUUUAUUCUUCACACCCAGCCCUGUUUCUUAGUACAUACCUUGGACAUGGUUUACUCAUUGAUUACUUUGAGAAGAAGAGACGGCGCAACAACAACGAUGAAGUCAAUGCUAAUAACUUAGAAUGGUUAUCAAGUCUGUGGGACUGGUACACCAGCUACCUCUUCCACCCGAUUGCUUCCUUCCAGAACUUUCCUAUAGAAUCUGAUUGGGAUGAAGACCCUGAUUUAUUCUUGGAGCGGUUAGCUUUCCCUGACCUUUGGCUUCACCCUCUGAUACCUACUGACUAUAUAAAAAACUUGCCAAUGUGGCGAUUUAAAUGUCUUGGAGUCCAGUCUGAAGAAGAAAUGUCAGAGGGUUCUCAAGACAUUGAAAAUGACUCAGACAGCGAGAGCACAGACACUUUUAGCAGUGAGAAGGAAGUAUUUGAAGAUAAGCAAAGCAUGGUUCACAAUUCUCCUGGAAGAGCAAGUCACUGUGAUGCUGAGGCUUGUUCAUGUGCCAAUAAAUAUUGUCAGACCAGCCCAUAUGAAAGGAAGGGGAGAUCGUAUGGAUCCUAUAGCACUAAUGAAGAUAUGGAACCUGAUUGGUUAACUUGGCCUGUUGAUAUGCUGCACUGUACUGAAUGUGUUGUUUGCCUAGAGAAUUUUGAAAAUGGAUGUUUGCUGAUGGGAUUGCCUUGUGGUCAUGUGUUCCACCAGAAUUGCAUUGUGAUGUGGUUGGCUGGGGGCCGACACUGUUGCCCUGUUUGCCGGUGGCCUUCUUAUAAAAAAAAGCAGCCAUAUGCACACCACCAGCCCUUGUCAAAUGAUGUCCCAUCUUAACAUGUGCAAUUUGUCCUUUAUAAGCUUUGAGUAUCUUACAGCUUGCCUUUUAAUGUUAGUCACAAUGUUUUUGUGGUUUGAAGUUUAGUUUAAUGUUAGUGCAGUGACAGGAAAUACCCAUUAUGCUAAUGUUGAUGACAAUUAUUUGGUUGCCUUGUAUGUCAAUUGAAUGCAUAUUUAAUUGUAAAAAUUUUUUAUUUACAACAUUGGAAAUUCAGAAGUUAAUGUUUUUUUUGUAAGCACAAAAGAAGUAUGAUAAAAAUUUUAUCCUGCAAGACUUUACAAGGUAGGAUCAAAUUCUAAUGGAACUGAGGUGGUUUCUUAUUCUAAAUGUUUCUUCCCUUUUUACAAUCUCUGUCCAGCACCUCUUGGUUAAAUAAUGUAUGCUCUGAGACAUGAAAUUAAAACAGACCUACGAAAUAAAUUAUUUUAAAAACCAGAAGAUUA